UUUUUUGCAGUCUGGCCUUACUAAGGCUGUGAAGGAGAGCAAAAUUUCGCUGCAGCAAGCCGAGUACGAGUUCCUGUCCUUUGUACGGCAACAGACGCCCCCGGGUCUCUGUCCCCUGGCAGGUAACUCUGUUCAUGCAGAUAAGAAAUUUCUUGACAAAUACAUGCCUCAGUUCAUGAGGCAUCUUCAUUACAGGAUCAUUGAUGUGAGCACCGUCAAAGAGCUUUGCAGACGCUGGUAUCCGGAGGAAUACGAGUUUGCGCCGAAGAAGGCGGCCUCUCACAGAGCACUCGACGACAUCAGGGAAAGCAUCAAAGAGCUCCAGUUCUACAGAGACAGCAUCUUCAAGAGGAAAACGGAUGAAAAGAAGAGGAAACUAAUAGAGAACGGCGAAAGCGAUAAGACUGCCAGCUGAUUUCCCAUCUCCCCGUCCCAUCCACGCACGUACGAGAUGUGUCUCCUGGCUCUUUUCUCUUUGCCCGUCUCUCGAGAAGCUGCACCCCUCAGUUACCUUGGUUCUUAACAGCCGUUAAAGUGCAGGCGGGAGCCCCAGUUACUGCGUCUUU